ACACCGCGAAAGCAUUAGCGGACAUGAGCAAAAAUGGGGCGAAAAUUUUUGUGGAGACAGUCCCUUCGGAUACGAAUGGGACUGAUGGACAGGAGGAAGUGCACCUCACGACAGGCUACAAAGUGAGGGUGCAGAAGCUUACUGACGAGGGUCUCACUUGGAGUAUGCAGUGUGAUUUAUCGUCCGUAUGCCUGUAUUCAGGUUGA